UUGUAGCGGCUACUCGAGCCGCUUUCCACCGAAUGCGGCGACGAGCAAUUGCCGGUAAAGACAUUAUAAGCAUCAUCUGCCUGCAAGACUUUCAAUGUCCUUGACUUCCACUUCAAGAUCUGACGACGUUCGCGCACUUUCAUCCUUACCGACUUACGCAUCAUGACUUCGCAACAGUACCGACAGCUCACUCAAGAAGAUGUGGACCACUUCAUGGAGCAUGGCUGGAUCAAGCUCUCUGGCUGCUUCGGCCAAGAGCUUGUAGACAAGAUGACGGCCAAUCUUUGGACGCGAUUGGGCAUGUCACCUGAAGAUAAGACGACAUGGACCGCCGAGCGUGUCAACAUGCCAGCACACAACCAAUACUUAGCAAGCGAGAUUGCACCCAAGGCAUGGGCGGCCAUCUGUGACCUCACAGGUGGUGAGGAGCGAAUGGCAGAGACGAACCGAACAUGGAACGAUGGCCUCAUUGUCAACUUAGGCACAACCGAAGGCCACAUGAAAGACAUCCACGGCUCAGAUCUGAAAGGCUGGCAUGUCGACGGCGACUUCUUCGUACACUAUCUCGACUCGCCCGAGCAAGGUCUGCUCGUCAUCCCGCUCUUCACGGAUAUCGUUGCAGGCGGUGGUGGCACCAUGAUCUGCCCGGCUGCCAUUCCACAUGUAGCAAAGCAUCUCCACGAUCAUCCCGAAGGCGUGUCGCCUCGCAUGACCCCUCGCGCGCAGAACCCUACAUUCGGUCCAGAGCCUGGCCAGGGCCUGAAAUGGUUCAACGAGCUUGCGAAGAGCAUGCCCCGAGACUCCUUCGUGGAGACGACAGGCAAGGUUGGAGACGUCUACCUCCUACAUCCGCUGAUGCUUCACUCGACCUCGAAUAACAAGCUACGCAACCUGCGCAUUAUUACCAACCCUCCCGUCAGUCUCAAGGAGCCAUUCCGGUUCAGCCGGGAGGACGAGAGCCAGUAUAGCGUCGUCGAACGCAAGACUAUGGCUGCGCUUGGUAAAGAUAAAAUUGAUUACAAGAUCCAAGGUACGAGGGAUCAUGUCGUGCCGGAGCGGGUGGCGAUCCAGAAGAUCAUGAUGGAGAACGAGUUAAAGCGGCUGGAGGGAAUGAAACUUCCAGCGUCGGUUUCGGUGAUGGAGAUACCGCUGAACGUUUAAUCGAUAUCCGAGUGCGACCGCCUUUGUUGAUGCUUUUGUCUUCGCAUUCAAAUUAGCGUUUCUGCAUGAUCUAGGAGCAUACAGACUGAUUAGCAUUCUUGCCCACCAACGCUGCAAGCUCGCUGCCCCA